AUGGCAGCAAUGUUCACCGUUGACUUUCAAAACUGCUUCAUCUUUAUCAUCCUCUGCCUCUUAUCAACCAUCUUUUACUCUCUCUUCGUGGUCAGGAAAACAAAGGCUGGUUCUGAUCUGCCGCCAAGCCCUCCGUCUCUACCAAUCAUUGGCCAUCUUCACCUUCUCCUCUCUCUUGUCAGCCACAAAAGGUUACAGAGACUCUCUUUCAAAUACGGACCUCUCCUCCAUCUUCGAGUUUUCAGUGCUCCCAUACUUCUCGUCUCCUCUGCCUCAAUCGCCUAUGAGAUCUUUAAGGCGCAAGACCUAAACAUUUCCACUCGUAACCUCUCUACGAACGAAGGUUCUCUUUUCUUUGGAUCUCUCAGCUUCAUUGCCGCACCUUACGGAGAUAACUGGAAGUUCAUGAAGAAGCUCAUGGUCACCAACCUCCUUGGACCCCAGGCACUAGAGAGGUCACGAGGGAUCCGUAAAGAUGAGGUAAACCGGUUUUACUCAGAUAUUCUUGAUAAAGCGAUGAGAAAGGAGAGCGUUGGGAUUGGUGAGGAAGCAAUGAAGCUAAUCAACAACAUCAUCUGCAAGAUGCUCAUAGGGAGAAGCUGCUCGGAGGAGAACGGCGAGGCAGAGAAAGUCAGGGGUUUAUUGGCCAAGACAGAUUCCUUCCUGAAGAAGUUUUUCGUGGCGGCCAUCUUGCGUAUGUCCCUCGGGAUCUCACUGUUCAAAAAGGAGUUAACGGGUGUUUCACUCAGGUACAACGAGUUGUUGGAGAAGUUUCUAGUGGAGUACGAAGAGAAACUGGAUCAGGAGCAUCAUCAUCAAGGUAGUGAGAUGUUGGACGUAUUGUUAGAAGCUUGUCGAGACGGAAAGAUCACUAGGAACCAUGUCAAGGCCUUGUUCGUGGAUCUUUUCGUUGCGAGCACUGACACCACGGUGCACGCUAUAGAGUGGACCAUGGCAGAGAUUAUCAGCAACUCAAAGGUUCUUGAGAGACUGAGAGAAGAGAUUGGUUCAGUCGUAGGGGAAACAAGGUUGAUUCAAGAAAUGGAUCUACCCAACCUUCCUUACUUGCAAGGUGUAGUCAAGGAAGGACUGAGAUUGCAUCCAACAGCGCCUCUUGUGCCAAGGAGCUUCCAAGAAGGGUGUAAGAUCCGAGGCUUUGACGUGGCAGAGAAGACAACACUUGUUGUUAAUCUUUAUGCUAUUAUGAGAGAUCCUGAAAUAUGGGAAGAUCCUGAUGAGUUUAAGCCUGAGAGGUUUUUAGCUUCUUCAAGAUCAGGACAAGAGGAGGAGAUAGCAAGAGAAGAGAUCCUAAAAUACAUUCCUUUCGGAAGCGGGAGGAGAGGUUGUCCUGGAGCAAAUCUAGCUUAUGUCUAUGUAGGAAACGUGAUUGGAGUGAUGGUGCAGUGCUUUGAUUGGAAAAUACAAGGAGACAAGAUCAACAUGAACGAGGCUGUUGGAGCACUGUCGUUGACCAUGGCUCAUCCUCUUAAGUGCGUUCCUGUUCCUCGAACUCUGUUUAGUUCAGUUUGA